UCAUUUAAAUGAAAAGCGGAGUCCAAAUAUUUUUACGUGAUAUUAGUUCAGACCCGGAAGUACUAUAAUUUUUUUGAUGAUUGCAGUGCUGAUAUCAACAAAUUUGAUGUUAACUCCAAACUAAUUAAUUUUUGCAAUUGGUAAACAGGUUAAAGAAGAGAUAAUGCUACAGAAAAGGAAGAGAUAAAAUGGGGGUGUACACUUUCUCAUCCAAACCCACGACACCUGGUGAGAAGACCCCCGAUUUAUUGAUCCGGUUCCAGGCCGUGUCAAGAACACAACCAUGUGUUCAGUAUCGGUUUAUGUCCGUACAUUCCAGGACGAAGUUACACCAGGUCCGAAGAUAUAUAACCAAAUACUUCAAAAAUGUUUACGAAGGCGGUUUUAUCUUCCUGUGCAAAACCAAAGAGAUACUGAAGUCAGAUGAAAGUAAACUGACCGUGUUUGAUAUUUUGCCGAAAGUUCCCGAGGUGAAUGGUCAAACACUACAAAAGUGUUUUCAGUACCCAGACGUUCAGUAUAAGAAGGUGUGGUACAACUAUGACGGAAAGAGGUUCUCCAUUUCGUGUGCAUGUGUGAUAUUUUUGUUUGAGAGAAGUAAAGUUAGCCACUGGCCACCAGAAGUUCUACGAGAAGAAUUGAGUGCCAGUGCAAUCGAUGGUUUUGCACAUAUCCCAACUGACAUUAUGUCAUGGAGCGGUAAACUUGUAGAAUGUCGCGGUACACCUCUUCACAUAUUUGCUGCAAUCGGACUUAAAGAAGAACUAAGAACAGCUAUUCAUCAACUAUCAGAAGGGACAACAGCCAAAUUUCUAACUGACCAGAGGGGUGCAACACCCCUUCACUACGCAGCAGUCAAUGGAAAUUUAGAUGUUUGUGAGAUAAUAGUGGCAGGUAUGGGAAGUGAAAUGAUUUAUCAUCUUGAUAACUGGAAGCGUACACCGCUACAUCGAGCUCUUUACAGACGUAAGGCACAAACUAUCACUUACCUGAUUCAACUGAAUGCAGAUGUUGAUACAGAAGAUUUUACUGGUAACAGCUGCUUAAACUUGCUGUUCAAACAGAGUCCAAAAGACGUCGAAUUCAUCGUAUCGAAGUUAGAGACAGAUUGUGUGGACAAUCGUGUACAAUUCUGUCUAUUGUAUAUGUCCAUGAGAAACAAGAAUUUCUCACACGUCCAUCAGCUUGCGCAAUCAAUAUCAGUGUCAUCAGAAGUGCAGAUAGGUAGUACAUUACUUCAUAUGUCUGCUGAAUUCAAACUUUUAGAUGUGACGAAAAUUUUGGUGUCGAAAGGAUUUGACAAAUCUCAGAGGGAUCUUACCGAUUUUUUACCUUUCCAUAUUGCCUGUAAAUUUGGGACUAUUGAUCAAAUCCAGAUACUAAUGUAUCCUGAAAUGGACGACUAUGAUGUGAACAAAGGGCUGCAACUCUGUAUCCGGCAUGGUCAUAUCAAAGGCUGCCACGAGAUCAACGUUUUCCGUCAAGAUAUCGCUUUAGAAGAAACAACUGUAUGUAUGGUGAUGAGCACAGUUCAGGCAACAUUGAGGAAAUUUAAACAUAAAUAUAUAGACGAAGAACCAUUGAAACAUUUUGAAAAUAUGGCCAGCAUGUUACUACCAACUAUUAAAUCAAUACCGGACGUUUUGAACACUUACGUAUAUGAUGCAGCUCUUUAUGGUGCUUCUGAGACGCUUAUUCUCUUAAAAUCACUUGGUGCUAGUUUUAACACUUGUGAUUUUUCUGGCAGAUCUCCUUUGCAUGAAGCAACACAGUCGAACAAACUUCGAUGCGUUCAAGUCCUUUUGAAAGGGGGUGCUAAUCCGAAUACGGUUGAUUGGAGAGGAUCGACUCCACUUCAUUACGCAUGCGGAACAGGGAACGCAAAUAUUGUGAAAUGUCUGAUGGAGAACAAACAUGUAAAAGUUAACAUUAAAGAUGUAAAUGGUAGAACACCGCUACUGGUGGCUGCAUACUACUGUAGGAAUGAUAUUGUAUGUUACCUGUUGAGAAAUUGUGAACAAGUUAUUGAUCUGAAAGUACAGGAUGAAGAUGGAUAUGGCUUGUUGCAUUUUAGUAUUCAUCUGAAAGAGAGCACAUUUGAUCUUGUCGUUGAAAAAAUGUCUACCAGACCAAAACCAAUGGUCGCUGAUGAAAGUGUUAGAACCAAACAUCAAAUUCCCGACCAUUCAUGGAUUGGAGAAGUCAUCUUUACAGACUUCAGGGCACACUUGCAUGAUAUGGAUGAUAGUACGUUUAACAUUCGAUUUAAAAACAAGCCAAAACGUGGGAAAAGUGUUUCUUUGAAACAAGGGUCAUCGUAUAACUCCAUUAAUGUCAAUAGUCAGUUCUCUCUUCAAAGAACCACUGUGUCUACAUUAUGGACAUCAAGAGAAAAAGAACACAACUAUGUCAAGAAAAAGCCGAGAAAAUCACCUAAGCUUAGUUAUCAGUUGUGUAGUGGAUGCAAACGGCUUAUCAAAUCUCUAGCAAUACACAGAUGUGUUGUUCCCUCGGAUAGGAGAGGGAAGAAGAUCAAACUGAAGGCAUUUGAGUAUCUUCAACGAGACACCAAAGAGAAGACCACUGUUCCGCCAUUCUUUUUAGCAGUUAAGGAUGGAAAUUAUUCAGUCAUGCGGAAGUUACGCAAGUUAGAUCAAACAGUUUCAACCUACCAUGACAACUUUGGACGCAAUUGCUUAUCAUUAGCUUUAGACUUAAAAUCAUUGAGAUUGGUAAAAAAUGUUCUUGAACUUAUACCAGAUAUUGAGAAGUCUGGAGCCGUACAUCGAGUUGUAUCACAAGCUUCACAUUCAAAGCGAGACAGUACUCCAUUACAAUUACUGACGUACCUGAUUUCUAUUGGCUGUACACUGAACGGAACAAAUGACACGUCUUUAGAUGAGGUAGUGGUUGGUCUGUCAAUAAACAACAAGAAUACAGAUAUAACAAAGAUUCUUAUUGAAAAAGCUCAAACAAUCAGUGACAAAACUAUGGCAAUGGCUGCUUCAUCAGGAUCAGCAGAUAUUGUGGAAACGGCAUUGAAGAAAUGGAGAAAAAACGACGCGAAACAAAUCACUGAAAUGGAUAUCCUCAGUAUUGCUAUUAGCUCGCGGGCCAUUUCAAUCGAUGUCAUGAAAUAUCUUUUGUCACGCUACUACAAACACAAAGAACAUGGAUCUACAGAAAAACAUGAAGAUAAAAACAAACAUUUACACGACCUAUGUAAGUCAUCACAGAUUCCACUUGUACGAAAACAUUCCUUGCUGGGCAAAUUGUUGCACAAAAACCAUCCUGCUCUGAAAAGUAAGCCUAGAACACAAAUUGACAUUUUCAGCAAGAUUGGAACUCUCUUACUUAAUCACGAUCCAAAUCUUGGCAUGAACUAUACUGGGGAUGUUCACAUAGUAUGUGAAUGUUUGAGAGAUUGUAUUGAAAUGAAAUGCUAUGACGUGGCGGAAUUAUUAAUUAAGAAAUCGACAGAUAUUAUAUGGAAAUGUGAACUCUCUGAUAAACGCUGUGCCUUCCAGAGACACUUUCACAAGAAAAUAUAUAAUAGUUCGUCGAAGAAACUUGUAAAUAUUUCUUACUUGCAAAAUAUUAUAUUAGCUGCAGCAAGCAAGGAUACUCCUGAAAAUGUCCUAAAUGAAGUUUUAAAAUAUGGAGCCAAGUUCUUCAGAUCAGACGCGGGAGCAGACGUUGGAAUUGAUUUGGAUAUUUUACCAGCUGAAAGUAGGAAAGAUGCUGAGAAAAUUGAAGAUAAUAUGGUAAAACUGGUUUUAACAGUUCUAGAAUUGAUUGCGGGAGAAAAAAUGAGACAUUUUAAUGUUGUAAAGAUUUGGAAGCAAGUUCCAGGAGUAUUACCACACAUUUAUCUUCUGGGCAAAGACAUAGAUAUAUCUCCUUUUGUAAGAAGUAAAGAAGACUUUUUCCUUAGCCAUUGUUAUACAUUGUACAAGAAGAAAUCGCUUCGACCUGGAACAUCGGUUUUGCACCUAUCUGCAGGUUUGCAAGACAGUUCAGCUCUCAAAAUGGUGAUCAAGGCGACAGUUACAAUAGAUACAAAUGUAGAGAACGAAGACGGAGUGUCACCUUUAGAUAUAGCCGUUACUGCAGGAUAUUGGCAGAACUACAAAAUUCUCAUGGAUAACAAUGGAAUGGUUAAAACUGAGACUCUUGAGAAAUGUUGUAUCAUAGAUGCAUACAAUGCUCAAAAAAUCCUAAAAAUGGUAGAUGCAAGUUAUUGGGGUGAGAAAUGGUGUGGACGGUACUGGGAAUAUGUUGAAGAUAUGCAUUGUAUGGAAUGGGAAACCAAUGAAUCAAGUCAUUUUCACCUAAUAAGAGGGUUCUCGCAUUGUCUGAAAGGUCAUCCUGAAUAUGCUGAUAAGUCUUUUCAUGGAAAGUCGAGAAUAAAAAUGGCACAAGACAUCUGGAACAGUUCUAACUACCAGUUCAGAAGUUUCUGGCAUUUUUCAAAAGCAAAUCCUUAUUAUGCAGACAAUCGUCAUGGCAAAUCCAGACUGAAAAUUGUAAAGGAUGUAUGGUCUAGGUUAGAAAUAGGACAAUCUGAUAAACUAUUAAAAGACGAAGCUCGUUUGACCUGUGCGUGUGCUGUAUAUCGUCUCUGGGAAAUCAUAGAGUAUUUUAUGGAGAAAGCUCCGCAUCUAAUCAUAAACGCAAUCAAUGAAGAAAGGGGAUUAAUGCUUGCAAAACUAGAGUUUCUGUAUCUUAUAUGCACACACUCCCCAACCAGCGUGAUUCUAAAACAGUUGGAGUUCAUUGAAAAACACAUCACAUCCAUCAAGCAAAAUGCUCUCAGUGGUUUAAUUAUGUAUUUAAUUGCCAGAAAUGAGGAAGAUUUAUGCCAACACCUUUUUACAAAAACCCUCGUGUCCAUUGGUAUUGAUUCAUAUGAUGACGUCUUACAGUAUAGAGACAAUGAACAGAAGACAGCUCUACACCAUGGUGCCAGAAAUGGAAAUCUGUUAGCAAUUCAAUGUUUGACAUCACAAAUAACGAAUACAAGGGUCGGUGAAGUAGAUUUGUUGAAUUCCAUGGACAAAUUUCAAGCAUCACCGCUAUGGUAUGCAUUAAGCAAUCGUCAUUGGAAAUGUGCACAACUUUUAUUGAUUAAAGGUUGUAUUCCAAAAUGCAGAAGAGCAACACCGGAUUUUGAUAAUAAGAGGAAAUUUAAAGCUAGUGCAGAAAAGUUAUCAGAAAAUACAUUAUCAAAUUUCGCAUCUGGGAAUAUGAAUAUUACAUUUGGUAAGCGUGUUUAUCAGACGAAAGUAAACAAAUCUGUUAAGAUGGCCUACAGGUUAGGACAAAAGCGUGGGAACAUAUUUGAACGGAAGAAACAAGGAAAAGAGAAAGGAAAUACAAAAAAACAAAAGCGACACAAGAGGACAUACUUGUCUUUUAAAACAGAAAGAUCUUAUGAUUACAAGAGAGCGUUGGAAUUGAUUAAACUUUCGAAAGUAGCAGAGGUCAACGGUGCUGGUCUAAUUCAUGUAGCAUAUGCUUUAGGGGACCAAGAAUUAAUAUCUCAAAUUAUAGCACAAGAUAGAACAGCUUUCAAACAAGAGGAUAGAUGUGGCUGUUUACCCAUUAUUUACGCUAUUAAGCACGGCAACUUUGAUAUAGAAAAGCCAAACGAAAUGAAUCAAGACUCAACAACCGUUAAAGCAUUAAUUUGGAAGUUCAUGUCGACAAAACAAAAUCAAAACAAAUUAGUUUAUUUUCUGACUCAGUUAUUGUCCUUCAUUUGUUGGAGAUAUGCAUCAAGACUAGAAGCCCCAAACUUUUCAUCUGGUGAAAAUGGAGCAUUUACCUAUCAUCUUGGAGAAAUAAUCGCACAAAUUAAGGAGAAUUCGUUAAAAGUGCCGAGAACAAUCAUGUCGUUUAAAACUGGUUGUCUUUACUCUAAGCAGAAAUUUACAAGCCUAGUAGCUAACAUGGAACAAAUCUUAAAACAGUUUUUUGACACUGGAACUAUUGAAACCUUUCUAUGCUUAUUCAAGUUUCUUCCUUGUGGCCAGUAUACACAAAUAUACAAUUCUUAUUCCUGUGUUGUUUUUCCAAAUGAGACGAAAGAGGGACAACACCAGCUAUCAUUGGCAAAAAUGAUAAAAGACCAAAUUUCUGCUGUUGGCGUGACGAACAUUCCAAAAGAAUUACUGACUGUGCUCUUAAUAUCUGGAGAGUCAUGGGUUUUUGAAUUGUUAGUUGAUACAUUAACAAAUGAACGCGAAAAUAAACUCACAGAUCCAUAUUUGCUUGAUUUAACAAUAAUAGAUAUAAUACCACUAUUAACACAAUCUGAAAAUGAAAACGACAAGAUCGUACUUGCACAAGAAGUUAUAAAACAGAUGGAAAAAAUUCUUAUACUAGAAUCUUCUUUGACAUUGCAUUCAGACGUAGUUGAUAUUGCCAAAGAAAAACAGUUAUGGUCUUAUCUUGAAGUAAUAGGACACCAUACUCUUAUAGGCUCGGGUGUCUUAAGUCCUGUUUGGCAAACAGUGAUGGCAAAGGCUGCAGAAAGUGGACAAAUACAAUUUAUGAAGAGUAUUCUUAGUAGUUUGGAAGUAUCAAAAAUGACGGAUGAACAAAAAUCUUGCUUUACUGCAUUUAUCUGCUUAGCAAGCUUGAAUGGACAAGUGGAAACCGUUAAAUACCUGAUCAGAAAUAGAAUUCCUCUUAUCAGUCAUUUGGAUGAAUCACCUAUUAAAGAUUUAUUGGGAAAGUUCCACAUUCCAUCUUGGGGUGUGCUUGAAUAUGCAGUAAAAGGAAAUUCGACAGAUACGAUUGUUUUCCUUCUAAAGUGUUUUAGGGAUGAUAGAACGAUUAAGAACAGUGUGAAGGGCAGAGACCUGUUAAAAUUAGCAAUACAAAAAGGAAAUAAAGAAGUUUUUCAACACCUAUGUCAGUACGUUGACAAGGAACUGGGACAGACUGUUACAAGACAAGAGAUAGAGGAAGCGUACAGGAUAUCCUUAAUGCAUGGUAGAGAGGAAUUUUGCCUCCAAUUACUGGAACAAAAUAAUACCAGUUUAGUGAUAGACACAGACAAUAGGAUGAGUUCUCUGCAUCUAGCUGCAAUCCAUGGAAUGUAUUCUAUAGUCGAAAAAAUUAUCCAGACUAGGCCAGAGGUUUUAAAUCGAAUUGAUGGAAAUGGAUAUUCAGCAACUGAUUAUGCUGUUGUAUGUGGAAGGACUAAAAUAGCGCGUUUAUUGAAAGAAAACAAAAUGAGCAUUUCUAACUCUGUAGUCGACAGAAUAGAGUGUUGUGGAUGGUUCAGAGAUCAUAUGACAUUUAACGAAACAUUAAAAAAAUCGGAGAAAAACGAACUUGUCCAAUCUUUAAGAGGGCGAACGCAUUUGACUAUAGAGUCUGCUUUAGAGUAUGGCAAUGAUAUUUUAGCAGCGUCUGCUAUACACAGCUCUCAAUAUCUGAUAAAGGCAAAUUUAAAAACAAAUUUCCUUGACACUGUUGUUCUAAUACAUAUGGCCGCACAGAAAGGUUGUUUAAAAUCAUUAGGAUAUCUAUGCGGAAUGAUUCAAGAGGAUGAAAAUGUACUGACGAAAGUGUGUACUCAUGAAAUAAAAGGUUACAGCGCACUUGCAUAUGGCAUAACAAAUUCAAAUUUUGAAUGUGUAAAAGUAUUACUAAAAAUGGGAGGAACUAAAUGGCAAAGACUACCCACUGGCGAAAACAUUCUCCAUCUUGCCGUUAAAACAGAACAGCUUAGUAUUGUGCAGUUAGUAGAUGACAUAACUAAAGGUUCAUAUAGAACAGAGAAAGACCACCAAGGAAUGACACCUUUACUUUAUGCUGUUGCACUUGGACAACAUCAUAUUCUGGCGUAUUUAACUACUGGAAUGUCAUUACAAUCGAAAGAGCAUAUUCAUCAUACAAAUUCCGAGACCAGCGACUUCACAUGCUUAGAGUGCAAUCUUGAUAUGUGCAUAGGAUGGUCUAAACUUUACCUUAAUUCUGAUAAGUAUCACAUAAAAGAACGCAAUACAAGACCAAUAAACACACAAAACACAAGCGCAAAGUUUUUCGUUAUAGAUAAACCAAAGAGUUUGAAAAUUGAACGUAUUAAUUCGUAUGGCAGACGUUUGGCAACAAUUUACAGAAAACCUAGAAAAGAACUCCUUCUUACAUUAAUGGUGGAGAACAUACCACGAGAGAGUUCUUUAUGGAGGUAUAUCCUUAUCUCUAUGGGAUAUAAAGACGACAAUAUCAGUUUACAGGAAGUUCUAUUGCAGCUUCCGUCGUCGUCAGGAGAAACUGUACAUCACAGAAUAAAAAGAUUAAUGGGAAGACCAGAAUACACGGUAACUCUUGCACAUCUUUCUCAAAUGGAUACCGAUAUUAGUGAUUUGAUACUGUCUGCUGCGGCUUGCGGUAACACGCAAUUUCUCAAAGGACACAUUGAGACCAAUAUUCGAAGUAAGAACGAUCAGGCAUCAUUGAACGAAAUAGCUUUUGCUUUUGGGAAUAUGCAGACUGCUUUGUUCUUGCACCGAACAAGUAAACUACAAAAUAUACAAACUGUGUAUUCAAUAUUCCAUGAACUGACAGAAACUCUUCCUCUCCAAGUGAAAUGGAUAACUGGCAUAGAAAAGCCAGGGAACGAAAAUUGGGAAAAAUCAAUAAGCACUGAUCCAAUUGACAACAAAUUGUCUAUGGCUGACUUGUGGGUUAUUGCAAACUUCCCCGACGACGUAGUAGAUAUAGUCUGUACCAAUAUAGAUGAUAAUUUCUUGAUCCCUCAAGCCAUAUGCGGCAAAAAAUAUACUGUUGAUUUUGAAAGCUUCAGAAAAAACACACUAAGCAGUCAUUUACACCAUGUCACAAUACAAGCAUAUGUUGCAUCAAGUCAUAUAUACGGACGACAGUUACAAGCCUUUACAAGAAACGGAUACGAGAAGCUGAAUGCGGUCCAAAAUAUAAAGGUGACAUGUGAACCAGUAGGACCAGGUAGCCUUCCCAAAAUACACAUUGAUUCUUCUGGGAACUUCAUAGAAUCUGUUGUGUUGACACAGACAAAAACUGGUACUGCACUUAUGAUUGACAACUCUCUGACACAGCGUUCUGAUGAAGUAAUCAGUAGAAAUCGUGUGAUGACAGAUGUCCUCCCAACAGUUUCUACACUGGUUUUGGAUGUUUUUGAAAGAGAUGUUACAUUACGCAUAGAUUGGAAUUCUCUUGAGUCACGCAGGCGUACCGGAAAUUAUGACUUACUUCUGAAAUUGUUGUCCGGUGAAUCAAGCGGAAAUUGGCUUGGAGGUCUAUAUGAUGUUUUAUUACAGUGCAAAAGUUUACGUAGAGAAUUGUUUAACAUGUUUGACCAAGCAACAGUUGAUUUCUCUCUUCAUUCGUUGUCACACAUUCGUGAAGUUGUCGUUGUGUAUGUCGAUAAUUUGCAAAGACCAGAAAUAUCCAGAAAAGCUAAAACAACUUCCUUAUCUGAUAUUUUAAUAUGGGAAUUCACAUACGAACGAGGUAAUCUGAAAUACAAUAGGGAGAACUUUCCACUUUUAAUAGCUUUACUACGUUACCACAAUUUAUCUGAUGCCGUUUAUAAUUCCGUGUAUAGAAUUGCAAACCUAGACACAAACGUAGGCAACCGAAGCAAGUUUGAAAAAUAUAAAGAAAAGUUAACUCUUGAGAUAGAUCUCAAAUCUUUUGGAAUAAAAGAUGGCACAAUGAUAAAUGAAAAGCUUUGUCAGGGAGUAAGCAGAGAGGUCAACGUAAUCGCACAUGAAUGUGAGGCAAUCAUGAGACUGGUAUUGAAGGCGAAAAAGAUUUUGCUUAGAAAUAGUCCAUCAGUUCAGGGCGCAGGGUUAGUCUUACAAGAUGAAACUAUUACCAUCAGUGUGUGUACCUAUCUGAAUUCACAGAAAGCCGUAACGAUAGAACGCGGACAAAUCCGACAGAAACUAGAGGACAUAGAGGAUCAACAAGCAUUUUCUGAAUGGAAAUCGGAACAAUUCAAUGCUAUCAAACUUAAAGUAGAAGAAAGUUCCAGUAUGUUAAGAAAGAAUUAUGGCAUAGAUGUUCAUGUUAGUUUUGAUGAUAAACGCAUUGCAGCUUAUGGUUUCCAAAGAUACAGACGAGAGUUGGAACACCCACAUGUGGUUACCACUGCUAUGAUGACAAAAUGUGUGCAAAAUAUAGUUCAUGCAGUUCAAUAUAUGAUUGAUGAAGUAUUCCAUAGCAAUUUUGGCGAAUACCUUCUUUCUUUGAGCAAUGACAACAGCAUUCCCGAUGGAUUAUGGGUCAAAAUACUUAUCGAUCCAGGUAAUCAAAUCAGUUCUGACAAUAGUUUCAUGGUGAAUAGAGUCGUCAAAUUAAAGUUGAAAGAACAUUCAAGAUGUUGGUGGUGGCGUGGUAGGUUAUCAAACACAGACGUUUUUACUGAUGCAUCAUUGCUCCCACUUUAUACGUGCAAAGUUGAAGAAAAAGACGGGGAAAAGAUUUGCUGGAAGCAUAACAGUUUCGAAUCCUCAACAUUAGUCACAAGAAAGCAGCCAUCAAAUGAAUUAGUAUCGCUAAAUAAUCGUGUCUAUAAAAUUGUGGAUGAGUCAUUAUUUCAGGAGGUGCUUUCACAGUUACCAACCAAAAUUAACGUGAACGCUGAUACUUUUAUAACUGGUGAAAUGAUCGAUAAGUCAGUUUUAAGAGAUAAACUGUCCCCAGAUUUCCGUUAUGUACUCGCAAACUCUAGGCUGCACAUUAACACCCCAAUGAUUAGAGAUGAAGUUAAUAGAGACUUUCAAAGCAUCUUCAAGGUUUUAGGUUUUGUGCCAUCAGAUAUUGAAAUCGAUUUUCAAUCUUUCAACGCUUAUAUCAAAUCAUCGGAUGAUGUUAAGGAGGCUAGAGAACACACGCAUAGAACCAUUUGCAUUGUAUCCUCUCGAAUGAAAACUGCAUUUUUCAAUCUCUUUCGCACUUAUGGUCUAAUACUAUCAACAAGACCACCUUGCUCUCAUUUAAAACUGAUCCAAGAACGAGUUACUGGCAUGCUAAAAAGUAUUGAAUCAGUCAAAUUGAAACAUACAGGUGAAACCAGAAUUAUAUCGAAAAAGAAAUUAGGUGCGUUGAGGAACCCUAUCCUGAUGGGUCAAGAAAAACAAAUUGAAAUAUUGUUCUACAACUCGCCUAUCGAUACAAAUCUAAAAGUGCAUAUCAAAGAAGUUUUACUCUCUCUAGUCAUCAAUACAUUAGAAAACGCUAUUAUCGCGAGAUUUUCCAAUGAGAUGAGAAUAGACAAGAAAGUAAUAACAGUUAGAAACAAGUAUUCGGACAAUCUUGAAUUUGAAGAAGCUGUAUUAUGGCAAAGUCAUCUGUAUUGUAAAGAAAAGGGGAUAAAUCUGUCGAUGUUCCAUUCUAUUAAGGUAGAUGGUACAACAGCAGUUUUCAAAAUGAAAGGGACGUCAUCACUAGAAUUCUCAGUAUCAAUCAAUGAAAAACAGCUGGUUGAUUCGAAAGUAUUCAGAUAUAUAUGUAAAUCGCACCCCUCUGAUGACACAAUUGACCUUUUUGAAUCAGACUUACAAUUUUUGAUGUGCGAUCAAAACUCUGUAAGAUUACAUAUAAAGAGGCCACUUAACAACAAAGUAGAAUAUAAUGACCCAGCAUUAUACAGAAUCAAUUUUAUUACAAAAUCAGCAAUACAAUUAAGCUUGAAACCAUUCUAUUGUGACUGGUUUGGAGAGAAUAAUAUCGUUUUAAGAUUUACAAUCCCAGACACUGAUGAUAAGCAAUCCGAUAUUUCAUUUUUAUUCAACGAUAAAUUAAUCGGAAACUUCACCAAUAUAGCAAUACAUAAAGAACCUCAAUCAAAUGCGACGAUUGCAAUGUCGACAAGUAUACAAGUUAAGAAGGAUGGUUGGUUUAAUAUUUCAGUCGGGCAUGACCGACACCAUUCUGAGGAAAUAAGUGAAAUUCCACCGCAAUAUCGUAUAAUAAGCAGCAAGAAAAUGAUUGAACCAAUAGCGGGAAGCGCAAGUACUCAGUUUAUUGCAUCUUAUACUCCAGCACAUAUCUUUUCCAAGGGCAAUAAUUAUAUCCACAGUCCUAUAAGAAUAACCAAGAUUUCACAGGAGAAAUACAGAGUGCAUGUAGACGACCACCAAAGAGAAAUACUUAUAAAAGCAGUUUGUAAGCAGUGUAAACAAAGCUUAAGCAUUUGUACCCAAUUCCAAGAUAUCAUACCCAAUUUUGAGCUCGUAGUCAACCGCCCGGAAGACGAACUAGAAGAUGUACAUGAGGAUUCAAUAAAUAGAAAUACAUAAAACUGUUGAGAAAAAUAGGUUUACACAUCAUCUCCAUGACUGUAUGCAAUUACAUAAACAAAUAGAUAACUAAACAUUUGUAUUUAUAGGUUUGACAUUAGUACCGAAAUGUUUGAAUCUUCGUUAAUUGAGGAAUUUUAUUUGUGAAAGAUACUUGAAAUAACAUAAUAUAUUGUGGAAGCAGGUAUUAAACCCAGAAAAAUACGAUGCUAUUUUAGAUAUGAAGAUGUGCCAUUUCAUAAAUUUGUUGGUUCAUCAACAUUUUCUUUUGAAUCUAAAAGUUUAACUAAUAACCUAUACUAUUUAUAUAUAUUGUAUAUUUUUAAUAACUUAUAAUUUCUUGUUUGUUUUUAAAGAUAAUAUGUCCUGCCAUUAGUAGUUAUCCUGAAUGAAUAGAUUUCAUUUCAAUUUAUUGAAAAUCAAAAAUUUUGUAAAAUUCUUUUUCAAUUUUUUUUUGUAAAAAUUCAUUGUGAUAUCAAAUCAUGUAGUUGAUAAAGUACAAAUGUAUAUAGGAGAUUAAUUUCAUUUGUUAAAAAUAGUUUCAACAAAUUCACGUGGUAUUUUGAAUGAUAAUGAUUUUUAAUUUAUAGCUUCCUCACAUGAAAACUAUAUGUCCGACGUAAUGUAAAAAAUAAUUGUCUGUUGUAACUGGUGCCUUAUUGAAUUACACACAAUAAAUUACUCGAAACUAAAUACUAAAUAUUAAUAUUCUCUAAAUAGAAGUAUAAUGAUUUUUUCUCAUAUGAAUGUACAAACGAAUCUUCAGAUUUUCAUUUUUGUGUUGUUAAUUCAAGCACAGUAAAAUGGAAUAAUUAUGCACGUCUUCCUUGCUGAAAUGAAACGCGUUUAGACUUUUAUGAUGUCUGAAACAUAAAUAAUUACAUUUAAAGUGUCAAAUAAAAAGAUGACACUUCUAUAUUAUGUUUUUAUGUAAGUUAGGGUGUUUACUUUCAUUAGACUAUUUCACUUAUCCACGUUCUUGCUUAUACGAAACGGUUUUGGAUUUGUAUGAUAUCUGAAUUAUAAACUACUGCAUUUAAAAGCGUCAACUGAUAGUCAAUUUGAAUGGUAUAAGGGGUAUACCUUUAGCAGAAUAUUUCUAAGAUCAUUUUAUAAACUUAUGUUGUACAUCUUAUCAAAACAGUAAUUUGGAAAUGUUUGAGUAUAACUAUCAAAUAGGUUAGUAUGUAAUUUGUGGAAUUUCAUCCUUUUCUUUCCGUAAAAAUGGAGGGGAGGUCAAAAGGUCAAGAUCACAGUAGCUGUAAAAAUUCUGAAAGAUUAGGAAUUAUAAAGAUAUUCUACUACUUAACUACUGAAAUUUUCCUACCUAGCGAAACUAAUACUCAUAUAGCAAUAGCAAAUACAUUAUCAUACUGGUCUUAUCUCACCUCAGCUAUUUUACAUAUGGUACUUUUUGAAUUCAUGAUAUUUAUCCCAACUUAUAUAGGCGUUUCAUUGACUGCCAUUUUAAGUCUUUCUGAUAUAAAUAUCUUUAAAUGAAAUGUAGAAGAAGAUGUAAAGAAUGUUUUUCUUGCUGUAUAUCUGUGAUACAUGAACAAGUUUAUUUUAUAUUAUAUUUUUCGCUUUUUAUUGUUUUUAUAUUAUGAAAUAUAGACCUGUUUAGUUCACUCAAUGUACCAUCGUUUGAUGGGAUAUUUAAUCAAGGCCUCGUGAACUUUAAACAUAUUCUAAAUAGAUUAAUUUAUAUUGGUAGUAACUUUUAUCUGAAGUGUGCAUUCACAGAAACUCUUGCAUUAAAACAGUAAAAACUCAUUUUCAUAUUAAUUGUCUGUGAUAGCAUUUAUUUUUUUACAAGAUAAUAUUUAAAAAAAUCUUUUUAUGUAUAUUAUUUUCUCGUGCAUUUGUAGUGAUAUAAUUAUUUUCUUUUUUGACGACCAAAAUAUAUUUAUGUAUACUAUGCAAUGGUAGUUUUCGAUGUAUUUCAUGAAUGAAAUAUUUGCCACUGGACGUUAUGCAACCAACCAUCAAUGUACUUCUUGGUUGGUUCGUUGUACAUUUUAUUUAGAUCUUUAUUCAAACCAUGUCUUGGAUGACAUUGUAUUUUUUGGACAAUGUCAUUUAUAUACAUUAGAAACAUAAUGUGUGUGUAAAUUGCAUGCUAUGGACGUUUUAAUAACGUGACUAUAAAUUAUUUUUACAAAAGUCAAAAGGUACGUAUUUUGAGAAAUAAUAUUUUUCAUUAAAGAACUCUGAUCAAUAUUUGAUGACGCAACAAGUAAUUACUUAUAUAAAUAAUAUCAUAUAAUUGGUAAACAGAAUUUAAAAAUCGAUUUCAAUAUGUAAAUGCAUGCAACAUCAUAGUUAUACUUAUUACUAUGUUUUAGGGAGAUUUCUAUAACGGGUGACAGUACAUCUAUUGUGAUAUAGUUUUCUAAUUUAAAUAAUAUUUACAGAAAUUCUCAUUCUAAGAAUUCUUAUUUAUAUAUUGUUCUUUGUGAAUUAUAUCUUACUGUGAUACUUACAAAUAAAACUAUAUAUUUUUGAAAUAAA